AUGACGAAGGCCGUUUUGUACCAGGGGAGGGGGAUAAAUUUAGAGCACGCAUUGGCGCCUCCACCAACCCCACUUCACCCGGAGACGACCCGCCCCCGUCCGCAGGGUGAGCCGUUGCCCAGCCUAGCCCAGCCCUCUCCGCCUCCAGCCUCACUCCCCUCACCUGAUGCGCGGACCCAGAAGCGUCAGCUGGAGGAGGAGGAGAAGGAGGCCUCAGCCCUCGCGGCUCCUUCACCACGCUCCGAAGCGUCACCAGCAACGGGCGCCUCAGCCCCGGCUCAGGCUGCCGAGGACCCCCAUCAGCGCGUCCCAGCCGCUAAGAUGCAAAGGCAAGUCCCUCGCCGCCGCCAUUUUCUUCCCGCCGCCACCUUCGACCUUCGAACUCUUCCCCCCCCCCUCGGGUCACUUCCGGUCCGCUGUCGCCUGAGCUUCGGUUGCCAAGGUGAUCUCCGCGCUCUCCCGCGUGGGGAAUUGGAUUCUCUUAAAGAGAUAG